CUACGCUUUUUACCGUUAAUGUUAUUUCAUUCCAGAAAAGAGAUACACCUAUUGUAUUUUCAUCUUGUAAUAGUGGUUAUCUUUUCACAGUAGAUAUGGAUCCAAAUCCUAUCAUUCCUGGACAAACUACCACUUUUAAUAUUCUUGCGGCUCUAACUUCUGAUGCUAGGGGGAGGGGAACAAUUGAAAUAGAUUUUUAUGACCUAAACGACGCUAAACUCCUAAAUAAUCUAAUUUCUUUCCCGAUAUUCAUGUCAGCUAAUGAUACACUUCCAGCAACUAUACCACUCUUUCAUGUACCAGAUGCAGACUCCAUAGGCAUUUAUAUUUAUGUAACACAUGAUGAUGGUAAUAAUUUACAAAUUGCUUGUGCAGAAGGCCAAUGA